UUGACAUGGAACAACUUCUGGUGUACCGUAUUGUUGUUCUUGUUUUAUUAAUUGCUGGAUUUGUCCUAUGUUUCUUGUCUUUGAUAUUACCUUAUUGGAUAAGGUUUAACACGGACUUCGUCUCUGGUUAUCAGGGAGUAUUCUUUACAUGCAUCUACAAUCAUGGCGGUAGUGUUCCUUGUAGCAAUAUUAUGGACUCCAAGUUGAACGUAUACGGGAGUUACAAGAUUCCGCAAGUGUUUAUGAGCAUCGGGUUUUCUUUCUACUUCAUCUGUAUUGUCUUGGCCUCUUUGACAUUCUUCUGGACACGUGACCUGAAAAAAAUAAGAGGAAUCAAGUUUGCUGCUGCAUCAUUUGCUUUUCUAACAGCGAUUUGCUUGGUAGUCGCUGUUGUUGUAUUCCACAACUAUCAUGACAAAGAAACAGAAACUAUAACUUAUGGAUGGUAUAUUGCAGUUAUAAGUCUUGGUUGUGUAACUUUAGCCUGUCCAUGUUAUAUUGUUGAUGGUUGUCAUACUAUCAAACAAAAAGACGAAAAAGUUUCGACAACAAAUACAGCUCCCUGUCCUACUGCUCUCACUGUCUAUCAAAGACAGAAAUUAAUAGAUGGCUUUAAUAAUCAAAUGUCAAAACAGCAAAGCCAGUUACCUGAACCACUUGGAUUAAAAUGUAAAUUUGCUGUCUUAUAUGGCGUAACAACCUUAGAACUCCCUCCACCAAGACCCAUAACAACUGAUGACAGCGAUGAUGAUACUUAUAAAUUAAAGCCAACGAAAACUUUAAAACAACCAAUGGUUAUUCCACCGUCUUCUGAGUAUAGCUUUAAAACGAUAUAUGACUAUGAUUACAAUGAAGAAAACUUUGUUCAUCCACCUCCGAAAAUUGUCAGUUCAGAUCCUCCUUUUAAAGACAUUUUACGCAGAAACUUACAAACUCAUUCCGGUUAUGAAAGUGAUGUAUCCAGACAAUCUAGUUGUUAUAGUUUAGAGAGUGGCCAGAUUGAUGAUAGUGACCUUGAAAUUUAUUUGCUCACAAAAGGUUCUAGGUCAAAUAAGGGAAGCGAUGAAGAUCGUCCUCCAAGUCGUGAAGCAUUCGGUAAAAGGAAAAUUAAAACAAAACAUAAAGUUACUUCACGAAUUGUUGACGGAAAAAAACGUUACAGAUAUCGCACAUGAAGGAUUACCCACUAUACAUAUCAUUGGUCCAGACAGAGAGUCAAGUGACUAUAAAGAACCCAAUCCUUUAGGGUCAUCAAGUGCACUACCAAGAGAAGAUGAAGUACUAUUACCAUCUGAAGCUGAAAAUGAUGACGACACAUAUUACAAGGCUAAUCAGAAAUCAGCAUCUACACGUUUGAGCAGACGUCAUAAACAAGAACAUGACAAUGAGGCUUAUGCAAAAUCAGACGAUGAAAUUUACAGAGCAAGAUAUGGUGCACGUUCUCCAUACACGGAAAAGAAAGAUUUACAUCGAGAAAUGGGGGAGUAUGAUGACAAACCACAGAAAUCUCGAAAGAAAUCUAGUAAGAACAAGAAACAUCGCAGUGGAAAAAAACGUAAGGAAGGAGAAAGUCCAAUGUCUCUCAAAGAUGUAAAUACAACAAAAGAAGACAAAUCCAACGAAGCAACCGCAAAAGGGGAUGAUGUAUAUAAUAAAGGCGUUGAAGAAAGUACAGGACUGCCAAAAGAAAAUACAAAUUAUUCUGACCAGACAGUAGAUCGCUCUAGUAAGCGCAUAGAUCAAAGCGAAAAUCGACAUGUCGAACAAUCUGAAAAACAGGCCUUUGAAAAAGAGAAGUACGACAAACAUGAUGCAGACAGAACAAAAAGCUAUGAUCAACUAUAUGACGAUGAAGGAAACAAAAUCACCUACAACCAAAAAAACGACAAAAAAACGAA